UCCAUGGCUGUGACCCCGCCUGCACCCUUCCCGGCCGCCUCCCAGCAAACCGGCCCUAACAUGCCAGCGCCCCGCCAGGUCGGCCUCGCCCCGCCCCGCCCCGCCCCGGCUCCUCCCGGCCCCAGGGGCCCAGCCGCCUCCCGCGGCACCGCUCUCCCCGCCCCUGGCCGGGCUGGGCCGGGCUGAGACCCACGGCGGCGCAGGCUAGGGCCAGGGCAGAGCAGAGGCAGCAGGGCAGCGCCCGGCCGUGCUGGGGCUGGUGGGAGCUGGACCCAGAGCUGCCACGGGCGGGUCAUGCGCUGCCCCAAGUGCCUUCUCUGCCUGUCAGCGCUGCUCACGCUCCUGGGCCUCAAGGUGUACAUCGAGUGGACCUCCGAGGCCCAGCUCAGCAAGGACUCCCCGGGACCCAGGGGCACCCUGCCAGACGCCACCUCGGCCAGCUCCGAGCCCACCCUGCCUGCCAACCUCUCCGCCCGCUUGGGCCAGCCUGGCCCGCUGUCCCCAGCUUACUGGAACCAGCAGCAGUGGCGGCUGAGGGCCCUGCCCAGUGGGGACAGCGCUGAGGCCGGGGACUGCCAUGCUUGGGGGGCCGCCGCAGCUGCCCAGAUCCCCGACUUUGCUUCCUACCCGGAGGACCUCCGCCGCUUCCUGCUGUCCGCGACCUGUCGGAGCUUCCCACGGUGGCUGCCUGAAGGCGGUGUCGGCCAUGUGGCCGGCUGCUCCGCCGAGGACGUCCCCUACCUGUUGCUGGCUGUCAAAUCGGAGCCAGGGCACUUUGCAGAGCGACAGGCCGUGAGGGAGACGUGGGGCAGCCCAGCGCCUGGCAUCCGGCUGCUCUUCCUGCUGGGGUCUCCGGCAGGACAGGGGGGGCCUGAUCUAGGCUCGCUGGUCGCCUGGGAGAGCCAUCGCCACCAUGACCUGCUGCUCUGGGACUUCCUCGACGUCCCCUUCAACCGGACGCUCAAGGACUUGCUGCUGCUGGCCUGGCUGGACCGCCACUGCCCCGACGUGGCUUUUGUGCUGCAGGUUCAGGAUGACGCCUUCGUGCACAUCCCUGCCCUGCUGGGCCACCUGCGGGCCCUGCCGCCCUCCUGGGCCCGGGGCCUCUACCUGGGUGAGAUCUUUGCCCAGGCCAGGCCCCUCCGCAAACCUGGAGGGCCCUUCUACGUGCCCAACUCCUUCUUUGAAGGCCACUACCCAGCCUACGCCAGCGGGGGCGGCUACGUCAUUGCAGGGCGCCUGGCCCCCUGGCUGCUGCGGGCGGCCGCCCGGGUGGCCCCCUUCCCCUUCGAUGACGUCUACACUGGCCUCUGCUUCCGCGCCCUAGGCCUGGUGCCCCGGGCCCACCCAGGCUUCCACACUGCCUGGCCGGCCCAGCGUGCCUUGGACCCCUGUCUGUUCCGUGACCUGCUGCUAGUGCAGCCCCUCAGCCCGCAGGACGGCAUCGGGCUCUGGAAGCAGUUGCACGACCCGCAGCUCCAGUGCUGAGCCCCCUCCCUCCAGGCCUGGGUGCGCACACGCCGCUAGAACUGGAACAGCAUGAGCUGCUUUGGGUCUUCCUGGCUGGCAGGCUGGGGCACCACCCGGCCCUCAUUCUGUGGCUGAUAAAUACACGCUGCCCGCACCAGCUGGGCUGUGUCUACGUCUGGGGGACUUGGCAGCGGCACAGGCACCCUGACCUUCACACACUUGCGGAUGGAGCCCAGGCCGGCCUCACCGCCUCAGCAGCCCCCCUCCCCCAGCUUGUGAAAGCCCGAGGUGGGGGAAGUAGGGGCGGGAGAGGAAGCAGAUAGCUGGGCAGUUGGGCUCCGGCCUUGCCUCACUUAUCUGCAGUGCAAAGGGGGCCUCCCCGCAAGGGCAGAGCAGGCAGAGCCAGGGCACAGCCGCUUUAUUCACCCUCUCUGCCCCUGCACCACGCAGGGGCUUCCCUCCUGGGGGUGCCCCUCCCAGCCCCACCAGGAAGGCACCGUCAGAGCAGGUGAGGGGCUGCCGGGGCAGAAAGGCCCCAGUGUAACAGCCUGGAGGGGAAGGCACGGGCACAGCUGCCCAUGUG